ACGAAAAUUCAAGAUGGCCUCAGCAAUGGACAUUGACGACGAGGAAAUUGAUUUGCCCACUUCAAGCAGUGGAAGAGGCGAUAAAAAACGGUUUGAAGUUAAAAAGUGGAAUGCUGUGGCUCUCUGGGCAUGGGACAUCGUCGUGGACAAUUGUGCCAUCUGCAGGAAUCACAUAAUGGACCUUUGCAUCGAGUGUCAGGCGAAUCAAGCGUCAGCAACCAGUGAAGAGUGCACAGUUGCUUGGGGUGUCUGUAAUCAUGCAUUCCAUUUCCAUUGCAUUUCUCGCUGGCUCAAGACUCGACAGGUGUGUCCAUUGGAUAAUCGUGAGUGGGAGUUCCAGAAAUAUGGACAUUAACCUGCCUUCAUCAACUAGAAAUGACGUUGGAACUAACCGGAGGAUUUCGUUUUCACCUAUUAAAAUUCAAAAAUCAACAUUGCAAAAGGAUGGUAGCAAAAUAUUCCCGAGAAAAUCCCUCCAAGGACAUUACUCAUACUUGUUACUUCAAUCCGAGGUCCCAAUUUUCAGCUUUAACUGGCUAAAUUAUCUCUAAAUUAUCUUUUCUAUUGUAUCAGCCCCUCCAAAAUCCCAACAGUUUCGAUCGAGUGACUUCGGGGUUGUCACUAAAAUAGAUGUAAGACUUGAAUAAAGAAAAGUGUUUAUUAA